GCCCGGAUAACAUCAGAACCGGGAUCUAGGGUUUCGCACCUGAGCGUCGGCGGCGAUGGAGGUCGAGAUGCAGAGGGCGUCGGAGGGUGAUCUCCCAGUCAAAGCUGCAGCGGUGAGCAGCGGGGACAAUUUUGACUAUGAGGCGGAAGCGCGUUUGGUGGCGGAGGCGAGGGCGUCGUGGGAGAGGAAGGCAAACGGGGAGGAGGAGGACGAGGAAGAUCCUGAGAUGUGGUUGGACUACAACGCCUACGAGGCCGGACGAUUUCGCGACACCUGGAACUGCCUCUAUUUCGGCUACUUCGGUCGCUUCGAGGACACCACAAAGAUCCCGCCUAUGCGUUUUACAGAGAAGCUGCCUGAGCAGUGCCACUCUGCGCACCCGACUGAUACACUGCAGGUCUUUUCAGUCAAAGUUGCAGCGAUAAGCGGGGGUUUACAGUGGCCACUCCAUGUGUUUGGGAAGAUUGCCCUGCGCGACUCAGUUGAUCACAAUCGCAAUAUGGUCUUUGACCGCACAAGAGACAACUGUCAAAUUCUUACCCAAGAGGUUCCGAAUUUGAAAUUGACAGGUCCUAGCCGUGCUGUUCUGCUGUUGGAUCCUGUGACCUUCGAGGUUGAUCUGAAAGUUAAGGGCUGUACUGAAUCUGAGGAUAGACACCUGAGCUUUCUAGCUGUACAAUUCUUGAACAUGAUCCCGCAUGAUUCAUGCCUGCGUAUAAGAGCUUACACCAGCAAGAUUAGCACACUGAAGUUUACUCUUGGCAUUGUUAUUUACUCACUGGAGGCCACAAUUAGUGUGCGAGUUAGUGGUGGGUCUUGGCCAGAUGGUUUCCGUGCCCAGUUUGCUGCCCACACGGCCAGUAUAGGUUGUGAGGAAAUCAUCUUACUUGAUUCUGGGGAUGAUAAACUACCUGUUACAGGUGACGGCACUAUCACACUUGGACGUCGAGUAGCAUCUGUUGAAGUGAGUGGAGAGCUGAAUGUUUCUGUGAAGGCAUUGCAAGGUGGUGAAGUCAUUGUGCAUAGAGAGAGUGGUUUCAAGCCAAAAAAGGCCGGUAGGAGUUGUGGCACUCUUGAUGUCGGCUUCUGCCAAAUGGAUGUUUCUGUUGCCUGGUCGCUUCUUUCCGCUGAAUAUUAGUGUGCUAAAUUAAAUUAGACUUGUAGGAGUUGGUAGCUAUGGUUGGUGCUUCGAUUCUCUACCAUGUAAUGAUCACAUUUACAUUGGGAUAUGCUUGCUGUAUUUCGGAUGGUCGUUUAUGUUGAAAAAAAAUAGUAUCCCAAGUAAAAGGGGUAUUUUUCAUGAUCA